GAUGAAUUGCAACCCUACCUCAGAUUCCUCGGCCUCCGAGUCCAGAAAUUCGGCCAUCGUAAUAAAUUAAAUAAUUAAACUAUAUGCUUAAAAACGAAUUUAACUAAAAUUAAUGCACAAUAAACGUCGCUUGUAGUGUCACAAUAAAAAAAAAACCCAAAGAUGAAGAAGCAGAAGUGCAUCAGUGUUGGCAAACGCGCAUUGGCGGCGUCCGCGGUUCGGUUCAGUCCAACAAUUAUCGAUAAAUUUUAUGACUCACAAUCACCAAGAACGCAGUUCGAGUCUGGCAAUCGAAAAGCGUACAACAGAAUGAACGGCAGCAAAGUUGUGAUACUCUUGAUGGCACUAGCCGGUGGUCAGGGCAUCAUGGCGAGUCCCCAAGACGAGUACGACGCUAUUAAGGCGGGUCUGGACACCAUAAACAGCGUUGCCGAGAAAAUGCGACUUGAAAUCAACAACCAAAUGAGAAUCAACGACCUGCAACAGAUCAUCGAUAAGAUUGACACAUUGAUGCUGGGCUAUCGGGGCACCGCCCGCAGGCACUUGGAUGAAAUGCGUCGCCUGAACAGUGCGGCUCGCCUUAAAUUUUCCAACGCCAAGGGACCUCUAAUCGAGAUGUGUGUUGCCCUCAACAGCACCCUACCCGUGAUAACGGGCAGUGCCGCGGACACGGACGAGGCGAGGCACAUCGUUUGGAAGGGCGCCAUUUUAUCCAUUGCCAGCGGCGUUAAGAACACCAACAAAACAAUCGCCAAUUUCCAAGAGGCCAAGGAGUUGCGGGGCGAACUGUAUGAACUGUUGGACCGCAUGGAGCAGGACGUCAAGGCUGACUACGGUCCCGAUGGCAUCUUCAGCAAAGAUGUGGCCAAAAACAGCGCCAGUGCCAUUCCAUCGAUCAUAAUGUACCUUGUCUUCCUGCUGUCGUCGGUUAAGUGCGCUUUGGCCCAUGCCAGCCACACCAGUCGCGUUGAGCGGGCGGCGAAAAUCGAUGCCGAAAAUGAAGCGGCACUCCUGCUGAAAAUUGAGGCAGCCAAGUCCAUUGCCCCCAUCGCUGCCGAUUUGGCGUAUGCCAGGCCCAGCUUGGACGCAUUAUCUCAAUUGAUUUCCCAAGCAGAUAGGAACCAAAGAGUGCUCCUUGGGGACAGCCCACUUCUCCAACAACAACUGCAUGACUCUCUACUAAGUCUGGGUCGCGAGUGCCAACAGUAUUCCGAGUGGCAGAAGGCCUAAUCCUUUCAAGUGGAACCUCAUCACAAGUGUUAUUCCGUUGUUUUUCUUCACAGUAAUUACUAUUUAACACAAAGAAAAAUGUACCACCAAAUAUUAUGAUAUGUUUAUUUUUGAAAUUCCGUAAUCAAUAAAAAAAAUUAUUAAUUA